GGAGAGGAGGAUGCUUCCUGUUCCUUUGAACAUCGUUGAGGUUGGUGCUCCGUGCUUGUUCGGGCGUCCAUGUUCUUCGUGAUAGGUUGUGUUGUGUUGAAAUAAUUUAUUAAUUUUAUUGUUUAUUUCGUCGUCUAAUGUAGCUUACAAUACUUUCAAAAGGCUGCAGCAUGGCAACUGAUCAGCAUUUCUGUUUGAGGUGGAACAACCAUCAAAGUACAUUGAUAUCUGUGUUUGACACACUUCUCGAAAGUGGAACUUUAGUGGAUUGUACAUUAGCUGCUGAUGGACAACAGUUGAAAGCUCACAAAGUUGUUCUUUCGGCUUGCAGUCCAUAUUUAGAGGCACUCCUGAGUCAACACUAUGACAAGCAUCCAAUAAUAAUUUUGCGCGAUGUGAAGUUCCCCGAACUGAAGGCAAUGCUCGACUACAUGUAUAGGGGGGAGGUGAACAUCACCCAGGAGCAGCUGGGCACUUUCUUGAAGGCUGCCGAGUCAUUACAAAUCAAGGGGUUGACGGACAGCGGAGGGGGAGGGGGUGCAGACUCGAAACGCCACGACAUUCGGAAGCAGCUGACUAUGCCGCCGGCGGCAGUCACGCCGCAGACGCGUCCGCGGGUGUCCGGGGGGAACAACGGGAAGAGUGUGGGAACCGCGGGAAAUAUUCCGGGCCAUAUGAUGGACACGGCACCGAGUAGUCCGUUAAAGGCGAGGGAGGGUAGCGUGUCGCCGGUGGUGAAGAAACGUCGCAAACCCGAUCAUCCCCAACACAACGAUGACGCGCGUCUAGUCCAAACCGCCACCACCGACAAUGGCGGCGGCUCCCCUGACCCCCCCACCGACGAACCACCCCCAACCAUUCUCAACAACUCGACCCCCAACAACAACAACUCGUGGCCGCCGAACAACAAGGCAUCAGCUGUUGUGGACAACAGUAAGGAGAAGACAGCUGCCGCAGCGUUGGCGGCUGUCAAGUGUGAGAGCCUGCUGCAGCCGAAAGCUGAGUACAUUGACGACGACAUGAAUGACAACGAGAACAGUGCGGACGAGGAUGACGAUGAAGAGGCCAAGAUGGACGGCUCCAAGCCGGGGCCUUCGCACGGCGCCAACACUCACGGAUACCAAUCAUGGAUGGAAGACGACAGCUCUAACGAGGAAUCCGGGGCCAGCAACAACCAGCAGAACUCUCAGGGAUAUGGACCGUGGCACGCCUCAACGGACGGCUCGGCCGACGAAACAAUGAUGACUGCGCCUCCUCAAGACUCUCAAGGUUUCCUAGCCGCUCAGGUGCUACGCCGUCCGCUGGUGCCCUCGCUCAAGUCGAUGAACGAGUACAUGGCAGCUCUGAACACGACGAUCACCAUUCCACCAGUGAUGCCGGUGACAACGUCGCCUAGCAUUGCAUGCCCCACGUGCAACAAGCUCUACAGCAGCCAGCAUACGCUCAGGAGGCACGUGCGUCUUGAAUGCAACAAGGAGCCGCAGUUUCAGUGUCCCUACUGUCCCAGGAAAACGAAGCAGCGCUACAAUCUUAUGCUGCAUAUUGCUAGAGCUCACAAAACCAACGUGGUUAUGCCGCAGUCUGCUAAGAAGUGACCUGGGAAGAGGAACUACUUUUUCCUCGCACUGGGACCAGGAACUUGCCCUUCUGCGUCUAAACUAUUCCUCGCAUCAGACUACGAAUGAAGGAAAGAAGAGUUGUUUGAUUUGAAAUGAAACGUCUAAGAAAUAGAAUGUGUUGUAGGCUAUGUCGUCCGAGAUGAGGGUUAAUGCUAAAAGUCAUUGCACCAAAGACGUACAAAAUGUUGUGAAAAUCCAAAUUAUUUUCAUCUGAAAUUCUUUUAUUCUGCAUCUUUUUGAUAUGAAGAUGAAACGUCGUUCAUCGCUUAUUGAGUUCCUCGCAUAAGACGUGAAAAUUUGUCAAAUUAUGUUGUAUGAAGUGGAAUUCUCUCCAUUGCCAGAAUAAAGUCUCAUUCAAUAUCAAUAGAAUUCCUUGCACCAAACACGUUGAGAAAAUCCCUAAAUGAAAGGAUUUUGAUAUGAAAAUGAAAUAUAGACUUCCUCGCACCAAAGACGAACAAAUUCAACAAAUCAUGAUGAUAAUUUGUAUUGUACGAAGUGAAUCCAGUCCCUUACCAAAAAUGAAACUUUGUCUCUAAAACUCCUCGCACCAAAGACAUACAAAGUUGUUGUGUGUAUUUUAUCUUCGAUGUCAUGUACAUGUAUUUUAUCGUCGAUGAAUCUACCGCGACACAACUACCUCUCGCAACGAACAAAAUGAAAGAAGAACAAAGAAACAAAUUGGAAAAAUGAAGGUUGUACUUUAUUAAUAAAUUGUGAGUUGUCUAAAGUCUAUAUUUCUCGCACCAAAGACGUACAAAUAAUUAUAACAAGUAAUGAUCUGACGCAUCGAAAUUAAAUGAUUUGUAGUGAAGCCUUCUUGUUCUAUACGAUUACUGGUUGUAUUAAGUGUAAAUUAUCACUUAUGUCUUCGAAAUUGAAUAUAAAUAAUAUUUGUUGGGUCGAUCUUGAUUUUCAAUUGAAUUUCUCGAACCAAAUCACGUACAAAUGUAUCAAAUCGUAUAUGAAAUGAAAAGUUCGUCUUUGCCUUCAACGUUGGUGAAUGUUGAAUUUUAUUGGUAAAUCGUAACUUUGUGUUCAACGUAUCCUCGCAGUGCUCUACGUUAUACUGUAGUUUGUAAACUGAAACCAAAGCCAACUGUCCCUAUCUUGCUCAAUAAUUUGGAAGCAUCCAAAACCUAUUCCCUCGCACCACAUGACAUUCACAAUGUAGUUGAAAACGUUUUCCUAAACUAUCCUCGCUUUUAACUACAUUCGCAAUGUAGUUGAAAAGGUUUUUUAUCAAUCUUUCCUCUCACUUCUUCACGUGAGAUUUCAACGUGUCCGUAUAAAUUAUUAGCGCCCAGCUAAUCAACUGUUUGGACCUUAUUGUUAACUGUUACUUUUUGAAUAAAUUUUAAUGAAAGUUGAUUAUUGUUAGAAUAAUUGUGACAAAACUUCUAAACACAUGACAAAGUGUAUUCCUUCUCAGAUGGAAUUCAUGGAUAGAAACUCUGUUAUACAUUGCAUGAAUGAUUAUUUAUCUCGUCUAUUAUUAUAGAUUAUUUUACUCGUAAAUAAUUUACAAAAAUUAUUCACAUUCUUGCCAGUUUAUAUUAGAUAAUACGGUUUUGACAGAUCGAUUUCAAAGUUGAGGCUGGAAAUUUCAUCUCGUAUUCACGUCUUAUCAGAUCCCUUCUGUUAUAUUCUAUUAUUUUAUCAUUAGAUAUCACUAUUAUCUCAGAAAAGAACUGUUAACACUGUUUUCAGCCAUGAUUCUUUGUCCUCAGAUUCUAUAAUGUAUAUUUCUGCGCGAUCUACAUAAAUAUGAAUAAAUAAUAAUUAAUUAUGAAUAAUACACAUAAUAAUAAUAAUAAUAAAUUAUUCAUAAAUAAUCGUAAAUGACAGAAUUUUAAUAAAUUUAGUUUUGAAUUUCAAUUGAUUAAUUCCAUUCUGUCGUCCAACAAUAUUUAAUUUGACCAACUAACAAGGUGUUCAAUUGAAAAUGUUAUAUUUCAAGUACAAUAUUUAGAUAGAGUCAGAAGUAUUUCGCUUCAUCGAGGUUGCAUUUACUUUACCUCUCAGUUGAAUCCAAACCAUGCUCACGUAGAAAUUGAAAAAUAAUUCAAUAGUAAUAAUUCAGUAAUGAAUAGUAAUAUUAAUCAGUGCCUUUAGGAGAGUUGAUCAUUUUCUAUAGAUGAAUUCGGCUGUUGAAUGGUUUUGUGAAACGAAAUUAACUAAAGUACAAAUUAUGUUGAAAAUAGCAGUGCACCGUUAGUACUGACUAGAUUGCAACGUAGUGCGUUUCCUAGCUUAGUAUUUUUGAAAUAAUGCCAUCUACCCCCUAGUUUGAGGAUAAUAUUAUUCAGGCAUUUACAUUCCGAUAAAUUGUAUUGUAUUUUAUAAUAGUUCAACUAACAUUUUUAGAAUAUUGCUACUAACAUUUUUUAUUACAAAGAUUCAGGGAUUUCAUACUAGUUUACCAUAAUACUCAAGGUAAUUAGAAUACAAUAAUUAUUGUAUUGUGAGUUUAAAAUGUAUUGUGAAUACAAGAUGUAUUCUAACUACCUUGAUACUUACUCAUAAUUCUACAGUGUUGAUCAUUCAUCGAGUCAUCUGUGAUAUAUUAAUCAGAAAUUUUCUAAAAAUUAGCGAUUAUUCUCUUUUGAUGAGAAUUAAAGUUCCAAUGAUUGUUAUUGUAAAUACAGUAGGUGUGUUUCAAUAAGAGAAGGCUGCUUUGUGCUCUCGAUGAAUUUAAAUAUAAUUGAAAAUAGUUCCAAGUUUCAAGUAGUUCCUAAACAAACCUCAUUUUAGAUGACAUUUUUGGAUUUUGUAAUAUUUUUAUAAAUGUAGUAUUCAAAGAUUAUAAAAUCUGAAGAUUCUCGGAUCAGAAUUGACUCUGUUUUCAAGUCUCGAAUUGGUUGACUUUUUCGCAAGCUGAUUGCGUCUACUAUCAAUUCUAUGAGAUUCGUGGACUGUAAGUUCAAUUGAUUUAGAAUAAUAUGUGAUAAAUGAAUCCAUUCCAUUUGAAUAUAAUUGUAUUUUUGUCAUUCAUAUUAUAUUUUUGGAAAUAGAAAAAUAAAAUUUAACAAUCAGAGUUCUUGAAUUAUAUAAUUAGCAACAGAGCUUCUUAAUAUUAUGCAAUUUAUAAAAAUUGUUAGCUGCCCAUGCAUAGAAAUAAAAACUGAAAAUUUCAUAGAAAUGCAUAGAAAUAAAAAAUGAAAAUUCAAGUAUCCUUUUUUAAAAUUGUUUACAUCAUGUUUCGGCCAUGAUGUCAUCAUAAUGUUGUAAGUCAACAAUUUUAAAAAAAGGGUACUUUGAUUUUUAUUUUUUAUUUCUAUUCAAGAGUAGUACUAACGAAAAAAUACAAUAGAUGCGUAGUUAUUGAUUGUAUUCAUCAUUGAAAUGUUUUUCACAAACAUUCAUUUAUUCAUAAUUUGCUCAAAAUUUCACAACCCAUGACAAAUUUAUAAUAAAAAAUUAUCACAUCCAAUUUAUUUUAUACCUUACUUUGAUAAAAUCGUUGGAAGAUAUCUUGUUAUAUUUUAAGUGUACCAAAUAUGUACUUCGAUUCUCAUAGUUGCUGAUAUUGUUAUUCUUAAAUCCUAUUUUGAAUGCGAUGUUCUUUAGACAUUCAAAUACUCACCAUUCAAUAGUACAAAUCAUGUUGUUUGUAAUUUACUUAAGUUUUUAUUUACUUCAUAGUACAGUAGUUGUAUUUUUCAUUUUGCCAAAGGUUACAAGCCAAAACUGUCCUUAAUGUACAGAGAUCGUGCAUUAAACUCUGAUGUAAAUAUUUCAUUCAUGAAAAGUGACAAUUCACAAGGAUGUUUUUUAUGAAUACAAUUUGUAUCUUGCCUUAUGGUUGUAGAGAUUAUUUAUAUUUUAUUCCUCUACUAAUGUUAAGUUUGACUAUUUGUGUUCAAUAUUUAUAAAUUAUGUUUUUACUAUUAGAAAGGUUGUAAAUAGUUUUAUCUAUGUGAUUUAGGUCUCCUAUGAUUGAAGAAAACUUGACGAAACUGAUGAUUCAUAGAUUAUUGGUUAUAAACUCAUAUAGGCCAAGAAAUAUAUUCUCUUUUAAUAAUAUUUUGUGUCUUCCAGGUUUAAGAAGUUAUUAUCAUCCACCCUUAUAAUACUGGACUGAAAAUUAGCUUCUGUUUUUUAUACAGGCCAAGUUGAAAUUAUAGUUUUGGAAAUUACCUCCCUUUGUCAUUUAUCAUUGUAUUCAUUUCCUUCUACGAAUCAUUUGAGUCAAGUUUUUUCCAAAUUAGUUCAUUGUAUUAGUUGAUAGAAUUAGUAUUAUUUGUAGGUAAUUAGAUUAUGGUAUUUAGUUUUUGAGACGGUGCUGUCUAUUAUUCUAUAUUAGAAAUUUAAAUAUCUGUAAAAUUAUCACAAAUUCGUUGUUGAUAAGAACAAAUUAUUUUCAUCGAAACAUUGAUGAAUGGUAACUUGGUGUGAAUUUUCAACUUCUCAUCUUGGAAACUUGCUCAUUUACGAUGAAUUUUAUCCUUAUUUUGUGUUCUACAAUUUAAUUUACAAAAAAUUUUCUUGCCGUUCUGUAGUUCCAUACCAAAUUCUACGGUACCUGAUUGUAUUUUGUUGUAGUUUCUCGUCACAAUAACUGGCAGUUCCUAUAUAAUAAAUAAGACGUUCCUUCUGAUAAUCGGAAGAUAAUGAAUCCAGUACAAUAAUUCUUUGCUCAAUAAUAGAACCACAUUUGUUUGUGGUGAUUGUUCUAUUAAACCACAUUUUCUAGUAACACUUUUGAGAUUUAUCUCUAUGUUGAUGAUUUUUAUUUAGGCCUAUAGUUUUAUAUUUAAAAUAUAAUUGAUGGGAAAUUCAAGUUUUGAUACAAUACUCUUGUUUUUUAUAUUUAUUUGAAAAUAAUUUACGUUUGACGAAAUUGUUUCGAAAAAGAUAUUUUAUUUUUAGGAAGAUGUAGUGAUUAGUUGGUUAUUGUUGGGUUUUUGGUUAGUUAUUUAUUAAAUUUUGAUAAGAUUUUCGAAGAAAUUUCUGUAGAAGAACUAUCCUAUUUCAUUCAAAUUUAUAUCUAUCACAUUGAAGAAUUUUAAGCUAGCAAGCUUUUUUUGGUCAUUGAUUCUGUGCUAAAAGUGAAUGUAUGAAGUAGCUUAGAUUUAAUUGAAAUUGUUGGAUUAAUUAAUUCUUCUAUAGAAUAUAAAAUUUUAAGUGAAGGAAUUGCAACAAAGAAAAGAAUAAUUGUGGGUAGCUCAUUGAUAUAGCCUAAUCCUUUACAACAAAUUUUAUAUAUUUAUAGUUUUUUUUAUCAAUUGUCGUUAUCAUUAAUUCAUCACACUAUAGAAUUAUUCUCCUUUCUUCUGAAAAAUCUACAAUAUUCUCAAAAAAUCUAAUUUUGCAUGCAAGCAAACGAUGGAAACUUAUUAAAUUUCUUAGUUUUCAACUGCAAAGCUGUGAACGAGUUCCAAAGUCUUGGAAUAUUUCAUAGUGCCACAUCUUACAAAUAAAAUCAACGAACAUGCUCAUGAUAGAGAUCAAUGUGAUUGAACAAUAUAAUAUCUUACAACAAUCAAACUACGUUUUGCAACAAUUAGUUCUUAUUGUUUAAAAAUUAGACUAUGCAAAUUGUCCAUUGCCAAAAUUGGAAGAACACCUACUAGUGUGUUCUCAGCCUCUGUAACACUUACCUAUUACGGGGAAAUUUUCCAUAAAUUCAAAAAGAAAGUACACAAUUAUCUAGCAGACGAAGCUUUCUACACAGCAAUGAAAUAAUUUUUAUAAAAAAGCAUUUUAAUUUACAAUGUAAAUUGUUUGUAAUCUGCUCACAGGCGGCAGUGUUUAGCCUGGUAUAAAAUUCCUAGAAACUUUCCAAUUAUCUAUUGCUUAAAUAUUAUUAUCUUUAUCCCCCAAUUUUACACAAUGUUUUCGAAUAACUUAAUUAAAUUUCCGUUUUAAUGUAAUUAUAAUAGUGUAUUUUACAACAAAAUUAAAUACAUAGAACAUUACAAAAUUUAAUACAUUUCAUUUAGAUUGGCAAUAUGCAUAGACGACGGACUCUCUUAUCAGUGAUUUGAAAAAUUGAUUCAUUUUUAUAUCUUUACAACAUUUAGAGAAAAUUAUCCUACCAUCGGUCCGAUUAAACUAUUUAAUUCAUAGACGAACACCACAGUUCGUUCAAACAUCCGGUUUUCCUCUGUUGAAAUUCAAUUUCAAUAUUAUCAUGAAUUCACAUGUAAGAAACUAUUGUUUAGUGGCGAACAAAAAUGGCACAUAAAUGUGAUAUGAUGUUUGUAAUUUUAAAGACAAUUUAUCUAGAACUUUUGGAACAAUUUUUAAUGACUUUGAAGAAAGAAAUGAUAAUAAUGUUCUAUGUAUUUUUCAGUACAUGUCUUUAUAUUUCAUACUUUUAAUAUUUUCUAGUAUGUUGUUAUAAUAAAUCUGAAAAAUGUU